AAGGUAAUUCGAACACUUUCUCGUCGCACGCGACUUCGAGCUGAGUAAAGAAGUCUGUAAAAAACAAGUAACAUCUUAGAUAAAACGUACUGCCGUUGCGUUUGACCCAUUUUCGCUUUUAUUUUAUUCGUGGUUUUACUUUUUUAGUGUUUAGUGUUUUAAUUUUUGUUGUCUUAAAAUGCGGGUCGAAUUAAUCUGCACAGCAAUUCUGUUGGCAAUUUGUGUUACAGCCACAACAGCCAAAACCGGCUAUGGCCCCGGUGAACAGGAUUGGGGUUAUGUCGAUGUGCGCACUGGCGCCCAUAUGUUUUAUUGGCUUUACUACACCACAGCUAAUGUGAGCAAAUACACUGAACGUCCGUUGGCAAUUUGGUUGCAAGGUGGUCCCGGUGCUUCGUCGACUGGUUAUGGAAAUUUCGAAGAGUUGGGUCCCCUCGAUUUGUAUGGCAAUUACCGUAAUUUCACGUGGGUUAAGGAUAUGAAUGUGCUCUUCAUUGACAAUCCCGUUGGUAGCGGUUACAGUUAUGUUGAUAGCGUGCUUUACUUAACGAAAAAUAAUAAUGAGAUUGCUUUGGACUUGGUACGUUUGAUGAAAGGUUUCUACAAACAACAUCCCGAAUUCGAAAGUGUGCCUUUGCACAUAUUCUGUGAGAGUUACGGUGGUAAAAUGGCACCAGAAUUCGCUUUGGAACUGUAUUAUGCUAUACAACGUGGUGAGUUGCGCAGCAAUUUGACCUCGGUGGCAUUGGGUGAUCCAUGGACGUCACCGAUUGAUUCCGUUUUGGCUUGGGCGCCAUUGUUGCUGCAAAUGGGCGUUGUGGAUCAAGGUGGUCAUGCAAAAAUUGCCGCUGCUGCCAACAGAACUGAAGAUUUGAUCAAUAAAGGAAAAUGGACGCAAGCCACCAACCAAUGGGGUGCUACACAAUCUGUUUUAUUGCGUGAGUCUAAGGGUGUGGACUUUUACAAUAUCGAGACACCAACCAGAGGUGGUGCUUAUGCCAACAUAUUAUUGAGGAGUAACAAUAUUAAGGAUUUAAUGUAUCGCACUAUGGUACAAUAUGAUAUAGAUAUCGAUGAAGAUCGCGAUCAAAUCUUGCAAGAUUUAAUGCGCGGCCCCGUACAUCAAGCUCUCAAUAUAUCGUCUAAGGUAAGAUGGGGUUCCCAAAGCGAUGUCACUUUCGCCAGAUUGAAUACAGACUUCAUGAAGCCAGUGAUACAUAUCGUCGAAGAACUUCUCAAUAACACAACACUGCAGGUAGGUGUCUACUCCGGGCAAUUGGACUUGAUUUGUGCUACUCCAGGCACAGUUAACUGGAUUGAGAAGAUGCAAUGGAAUAAUAAGACUUCGUACGAGGCGGCACCACGCGUUGGCAUCAGUGUUAAUCGCAUUUUGGAGGGUUAUGAGAAAAGCGCUGGCAAUUUCACUAUGUUCUGGAUCAAUCGCGCUGGACAUAUGGUGCCUGCUGAUAAUCCUGCUGGUAUGGGCCAUAUUUUAAGGAAAUAUACCAACUAUGGUUGAGAGUAAACUUCAAAUACAUAUUUGAAAUGCAAUCAAUAUCAAAUCAUUGUAUGAGAAAUCAUUAAUAAACCUGUUAUUAUUACAAAAUCUA